UGGCUGUGGAUUAGCUGUAUGCUAAUAUUGCUAGGAGAAGAGCUGCACAGCACGCUGAGCCUUCAGUGGAGGAAAGCAUAGUCUUAGCAGAGCUGACUCCUCAAGAGCCAUGGCUGAAGGGGGCGAAGUGGAGGAUGAGAUACAAUUCCUCCGCACUGACGAUGAAGUUGUCCUUCAGUGUGUCGCUACCAUCCAUAAGGAGCAGAGGAAGUUCUGCUUGGCAGCUGAAGGACUUGGGAAUCGACUUUGCUUCCUGGAACCAACAUCAGAAGCCAAAUAUGUUCCUCCUGACCUUUGCAUAUGUAAUUUUGUUCUGGAGCAAUCCCUUUCUGUCAGGGCACUUCAAGAAAUGCUGGCAAACACCACUGCAAAUGGCCAAGAAGGGCCUAGUGACCUGUCCAAAUGGAAGUUUACACGGAAGGCAUCACAAGGAGGCGGGCAUAGAACAUUACUUUAUGGCCAUGCAAUCUUACUUCGACAUUCAUUCAGUGGUAUGUACUUGACAUGUUUGACAACAUCCAGAUCCCUUACAGAUAAACUUGCUUUUGAUGUUGGACUGCAGGAUACAGCAACAGGAGAGGCUUGCUGGUGGACAAUACAUCCUGCAUCCAAGCAGAGAUCAGAAGGAGAGAAAGUUCGUAUUGGGGAUGAUCUGAUUUUAGUCAGUGUGUCCUCUGAAAGAUAUCUUCAUCUAUCCAUAUCCAAUGGAAUGGGCAACAUCCAGGUGGAUGCCUCUUUUAUGCAGACCCUCUGGAAUGUCCAUCCAACAUGCUCUGGGAGUAGUGUGGAAGAAGGGUAUCUUCUCGGUGGACAUGUGGUCCGGUUUUUCCAUGGCCAUGAUGAAUGUUUGACAAUCCCAUCUACUGAUCCAGCAGAAGCUCAGCAUAGGAAAGUUAACUAUGAAGCAGGAGGAGCAGGUAUCCGUGCCCGGUCACUAUGGAGAGUGGAACCCCUCAGAAUAAGCUGGAGUGGAAGUCACAUCAGAUGGGGGCAGACAUUUCGCCUACGGCAUAUUACAACUGGGCAAUAUUUGGCACUGACAGAGGACCAAGGAUUAGUGCUGCAAGACCGAGCAAAAUCUGAUACCAAGUCUUCAGCAUUCUGCUUCAGAGCAUCAAAGGAAAAGUUGGACUCUGGGCCAAAGCGAGACAUUGAUGGAAUGGGAGCUGCCGAGAUAAAGUAUGGGGAUUCCAUUUGCUUUAUUCAACAUGUAGACAGCGGCCUUUGGCUGACCUAUAAAUCCCAAGAUGCCAAGACAGCACGACUGGGACCACUAAAAAGAAGAGCAAUUCUGCACCAGGAAGGCCAUAUGGAUGAUGGCGUCACAUUACAGAAGUGUCAGCAUGAAGAGUCCCAAGCUGCUAGAAUCAUUCGUAACACCACAGGCCUGUUCAGUCAGUUUAUCAGUUACCUGGAUUCUCUGACAGGGAACAACCGGACAGUAACAGCCCCCAUCGCCCUGCCUAUUGAGGAGGUAGUUCAAACCCUGCAAGACUUGAUCACUUAUUUCCAGCCUCCCGAGGAAGAACUAGAACAUGAAGACAAACAAAAUAAGCUCCGCUCACUCAAGAACAGGCAGAACCUUUUUAAAGAGGAGGGAAUGCUGGCCCUUGUGCUAAACUGUAUUGACCGUCUAAAUGUAUACAGCAGUGCCGCACACUUUGCUGAAAUCAUCGGGGAAAAAGCUGGACCAGCAUGGAAGGAAAUCCUGAACCUUCUCUAUGAAUUACUAGCUGCUCUAAUUCGCGGAAAUAGAAGCAACUGUGCACAAUUUUCCAAUAAUUUGGAUUGGCUUAUAAGUAAAUUGGAGCGUCUUGAAUCAUCUUCAGGAAUACUGGAGGUUCUACACUGCAUCUUGAUCGAAAGCCCUGAGGCUUUGAAUUUAAUUGAGAAGGGACACAUACGCUCCAUAAUUUCUCUUUUGGACAAACAUGGACGAAACCACAAGGUUCUGGAUGUGCUGUGUUCUCUGUGUGUAUGUAAUGGUGUUGCAGUGCGUACCAACCAGAACCUCAUUUGUGACAACCUGCUGCCCAGGAGAGACUUGUUGUUACAAACCCGUUUGGUUAAUGAUGUUACCAGCAUGAGGCCCAAUAUCUUCCUGGGUGUAGCAGAGGGGUCAGCACAGUACAAAAAGUGGUACUUUGAGAUGAUUAUUGAUCAGGUGGAUCCAUUUCUAACUCCAGAACCAACUCACCUACGUGUAGGCUGGGCUUCCACCUCAGGCUAUGCCCCAUAUCCUGGUGGAGGUGAAGGAUGGGGAGGCAACGGUGUAGGAGAUGAUCUUUUCUCUUAUGGCUUUGAUGGUCUUCACUUAUGGUCUGGACGAGUACCGAGGGCCGUGGCUUCAAGUAACCAGCAUGUAUUAGCAUCUGAUGAUGUGGUCAGCUGCUGCCUGGAUUUGGGAGUGCCUAGUAUUUCUUUUCGUAUUAAUGGUCAGCCAGUCCAAGGCAUGUUUGAGAACUUUAACACCGAAGGUCUGUUUUUCCCAGUCGUGAGCUUUUCUGCUGGGGUCAAGGUCCGAUUUCUUCUUGGUGGUCGCCAUGGUGAAUUCAAGUUCUUACCUCCGGCUGGCUAUGCGCCAUGCUAUGAGGCCUUGUUGCCUAAAGAGAAGAUGAGAGUGGAGCCUGUAAAGGAGUACAAAAGAGAUUGUGAGGGAGUUCGGGAUUUGUUGGGUACAACACACUUUCUGUCCCAAGCUUCAUUCAUUCCUUGUCCCAUUGAUACCAGCCAGAUUGUUUUACCUCCUCAUCUUGAGAAAAUCCGAGACAAAUUAGCAGAAAACAUCCAUGAACUUUGGGGCAUGAACAAAAUUGAACUUGGUUGGAUCUACGGCAAGGUGCGAGAUGAUAACAAACGCCAACAUCCUUGCUUGGUAGAAUUUUCCAAGCUUCCAGAAACAGAAAAGAAUUAUAACCUUCAGAUGUCAACUGAGACGUUAAAGACUUUGUUAGCUCUCGGAUGUCUCAUUGUUCAUUCAAAUCAAACAGCUGAAGAAAAUCUAAGAAAAGUUAAGCUCCCAAAAAACUACAUGAUGUCCAAUGGCUACAAACCGGCCCCUUUGGACCUCUCUGAUGUAAAACUGUUACCAGCCCAAGAAGUUCUAGUUGAUAAACUUGCCGAGAAUGCACACAACGUCUGGGCAAAAGAUAGAAUCAAACAAGGAUGGACCUAUGGCAUUCAACAGGAUCUGAAAAAUAAAAGAAACCCUCGCUUGGUGCCAUAUGCUUUACUUGAUGAACGGACUAAGAAAUCUAAUAGAGACAGUUUACGUGAAGCCGUCAGAACAUUCAUUGGAUAUGGCUAUAACAUCGAGCCACCAGACCAAGAAAUAACUGAUCAAAUGAUGGAGAGAGUCGGUAUUGAUAAGAUUCGCUUCUUUAGGGUGGAACAGACCUAUGCUGUGGACUCAGGAAAAUGGUAUUUUGAGUUUGAGGUAGUAACCGGAGGAGACAUGCGUAUAGGCUGGGCCAGGCCCAGUUGUAGACCAGAUAUUGAACUUGGUGCAGAUGAUCGGGCAUUUGUAUUUGAAGGAAGCAGAGCACAAUGUUGGAACAUGGGUAGCUCUUUCUUUGGCCGGAACUGGCAGCCUGGAGAUGUGGUGGGAUGCCUGAUUAACUUGGAUGAUAAAUCAAUGAUUUUCACUUUAAAUGGAGAACUUCUCAUCACAAAUCAAGGCUCUGAGCUGGCGUUUGCUGACUUUGAAAUUGAGAAUGGUUUUGUCCCAGUCUGCUCCCUGGGGUUGUCUCAGAUUGGUCGCAUGAACUUUGGUAGAGAUGCCAGCACAUUUAAGUACUACACAAUGUGUGGCCUACAGGAGGGCUUCCAACCAUUUGCUGUGAACACAAACAGAGACGUAGCCAUGUGGUUCAGCAAGCGCUUACCGACUUUUGUCAACGUGCCAAAAGAUCAUUCUCACAUUGAGGUGACAAGGAAAGAUGGAACUGUAGAAGCCCCGCCAUGCUUGAAGGUUACACAUAAAACCUUUGGCACCCAGAAUAGCAAUGAAGAUAUGAUCUACUGCAGGUUGAGUAUGCCUGUGGAGUUCCACUCUGCUUUCAGCAAUGAGGAGAACUUCCAAAAGAGAAAUGUGCUUCAAGAAGGAUCUCACACAACCACAUUGUAUUACUACUCUGUCCGGAUAUUUGCUGGACAAGACCCAUCUUCAGUAUGGGUAGGAUGGGUAACUCCUGACUACCACUUCUAUUCUGAAAACUUUGACUUAAGCAAGAACUGCACUGUCACUGUCACUUUAGGAGAUGAAAGGGGCAGAGUGCAUGAAAGUGUUAAACGGAGCAAUUGCUACAUGGUAUGGGGAGGUGACCACUCUACGGGCUCUCAGAGGUCAAGCCGCAGCAAUGUAGAUAUUGAUAUUGGGUGCCUUGUUGAUCUGGCCACAGGGCUGCUGUCAUUCACAGCCAAUGGAAAAGAUUUGGGGACCUGCUACCAGGUUGAACCAAACACCAAGCUGUUUCCAGCAGUUUUUCUGCAGCCGACUAGCACUAAUCUCUUUCAGUUUGAACUUGGGAAAUUAAAGAACACCAUGCCUCUAUCAGCUGCAAUAUUUAAAAGUGAAGAGAAAAAUCCUGUGCCACAGUGCCCUCCUCGCUUGGAUGUACAGACUAUAACGCCUGUUCUCUGGAGCCGUAUGCCAAAUAUUUUUCUAAAGGUGGAAACAGAACGUGUGAGUGAGCGUCAUGGCUGGGUAGUGCAGUGUUUGGAACCCUUGCAAAUGAUGGCAUUACAUAUACCCGAGGAGAACAGGUGUAUUGACAUUUUAGAGCUUUCAGAGCAGGAAGAUUUGAUGAAAUUCCAUUAUCACACCCUGAAGCUGUAUUGUGCUGUUUGUGCUCUGGGUAACAAUCGUGUGGCCCAUGCCUUGUGCAGCCAUGUGGAUCAGUCCCAACUUUUGUAUACCAUUGAUAACCAAUACCUACCUGGUCUCUUAAGAUCAGGUUUCUAUAACCUUCUUAUCAGUAUCUACCUGGAGUCUGCCAAAGAGGGAAAGCUAAUGAUGAACAAUGAGUUUAUUAUUCCAAUAACUGAUGAGACAAGGCAAAUCCGACUGUUCCCUGAUGAGUCCAAAAGACAUGGCCUACCUGGGGUAGGUCGCAGUACCUGCCUGAAAUCUGAUCUUCAUUUUACAGUACCUUGCUUAAUAUUGACUGGAGAAGACAGACAGCAACAUGGCCCACAGAUUCCUGUUGAUAUCCUCAAGUCCAAAGCAAUCAGCAUGUUAACAGAGGCAGUACAAAGCAGUGGAGACCAUAUCCGAGAUCCCGUGGGGGGCAGAGUGGAGUUCCAGUUUGUGCCAGUGCUAAAGCUCAUUGCAACUCUUCUUAUAAUGGGAGUUUUUGAGGAUGAGGAUGUCCGUCAAAUUCUGCUACUUAUUGAUCCAAAUGUUUUUGGUGACCACAAAGAAGAGGAUGCAGAAGAGAACUUUGAGAAGGAGGAGGUAGCACAAGAUGAGGAAAAAGCUGUGGAGGCUGGAGAGAAAGCGACAAGGGAAGCCAGAGCUCCUGUUAAAGGUCUUCUGCAGACUCGAUUACCAGAAUCUGUUAAGCUUCAGAUGUGUGAGUUACUUCAUUAUUUUUGUGACUGUGAGCUGAAGCAUCGCGUGGAGUCCAUUGUUUCCUUCUCUGAUAACUUUGUGUCCAAGCUUCAAUAUAAUCAGAAGUUCCGUUACAAUGAACUGAUGCAGGCACUGAACAUGUCUGCUGCCCUGACAGCCAAGAAAACAAGGGAAUUCCGCUCUCCUCCACAAGAACAGAUUAACAUGCUUCUAAAUUUCCAACUACAAGAAGAUAGCCCUUGCCCUGAAGAGAUACGGGAUGAACUAUAUGAGUUCCACGAGGAUCUUCUAAUGCACUGCGGCAUCCCACUAGAUGAAGAGGAGGAUGAGGAAGAAGAUACAUCAUGGACAGGUCGUCUUCGAUCACUGGUGCACAAAAUCAAAGGAAGGCCAAAGACUGAAGAACAGGAUCCAGCAGAGGAGGAGGAAAAGUCUCCUACCACACUUAAAGAGCUUAUCUCACAAACCAUGGUGCGUUGGGCACAAGAAGACCACAUUCAAGAUCCUGAGCUUGUUCGUAUAAUGUUUAGUCUCCUGCGGAGGCAAUAUGACAGCAUUGGAGAGUUGUUACAGGCCAUGAGAAAAACCUAUACGAUCAGCGCUGCCUCUGUGGAAGAUACUAUAAACCUGCUGGCUUCUCUGGGGCAGAUACGCUCACUGUUGAGUGUGAGAAUGGGCAAAGAAGAGGAGAUGCUCAUGAUUGAUGGAUUGGGUGAUAUCAUGAACAACAAAGUCUUCUAUCAGCAUCCAAACUUGAUGCGAGUUUUAGGGAUGCAUGAAACAGUUAUGGAAGUCAUGGUGAAUGUACUGGGAGGAGACAAGUCUCAGCAAAUUGCUUUCCCGAAGAUGGUGGCAAGUUGCUGCAGGUUUCUCUGCUAUUUCUGCAGAAUUAGUCGUCAAAACCAAAAGGCCAUGUUUGAGCAUCUCGGCUACCUGUUGGAGAACAGCAGUGUUGGCCUUGCAUCUCCCUCCAUGAGAGGUUCUACGCCUCUAGAUGUCGCUGCAGCAUCUGUUAUGGAUAACAAUGAACUUGCCUUGGCUUUGCAGGAACCAGAUCUGGAGAAGGUUGUGACAUACUUGGCAGGUUGUGGGCUGCAGAGUUGUCCAAUGUUAAUAGCCAAAGGAUACCCAGACAUUGGAUGGAAUCCCAUAGAGGGCGAGCGCUACCUAUCAUUCCUGCGUUUUGCAGUCUUCGUAAACUGUGAGAGUGUUGAAGAAAAUGCCAGUGUGGUGGUGAAGCUUCUCAUCCGUCGCCCUGAGUGUUUUGGACCUUCCCUGAGAGGAGAAGGGGGAAAUGGUUUGCUGGCGGCUAUGCAGGAGGCUAUUAAAAUCUCUGAAAAUCCAGCUCUGGACCUUCCUUCUCAGGGGUAUCAGAGGGAAGUGGUCGAAGAAGACGAAGAAGAAGAAGAGAUUGUACACAUGGGAAAUGCUAUAAUGUCCUUUUAUUCUGCCCUUAUUGAUCUUCUGGGACGCUGCGCACCAGAACUACAUUUGAUCCAAGCUGGUAAAGGUGAAGCUAUAAGAAUUCGCUCAAUCCUCCGAUCCCUGGUGCCUACGGAGGAUCUUGUUGGGAUUAUCAGCAUCCCAUUAAAACUGCCGGCUUUUAACAAAGAUGGCACAGUUUAUGAGCCUGACAUGGCUGCCAGCUUCUGCCCUGAUCACAAGGCUCCCAUGGUGCUUUUCCUGGACCGUGUCUAUGGUAUUAAGGACCAAAGCUUCCUCCUCCAUUUACUGGAGGUGGCCUUCUUACCUGAUCUUAGAGCUUCGGCAUCCCUUGACACAGCUUUACUAAGUGUCACAGAGAUGGCUCUUGCCUUGAAUCGAUAUAUUUGCUCAGCGGUGCUACCAUUGCUCACUCGCUGUGCUCCCCUCUUUUCGGGCACUGAGCACUAUGCAGCAUUAAUCGAUUCCACCCUGCAUACAAUAUACAGACUGUCCAAGGGGCGCUCUCUAACCAAAGCUCAGAGAGAUACAAUUGAGGAAUGCCUGCUUUCCAUAUGCCAUCAUAUGCGGCCUUCCAUGCUCCAGCAGCUUCUGAGACGUCUGGUAUUUGAUGUCCCGUUGCUCAACGAAUACUGUAAAAUGCCCCUUAAGCUACUGACAAAUCACUAUGAGCAGUGCUGGAAAUAUUACUGCCUCCCUUCUGGAUGGGGGAGCUAUGGUUUGGCCUCAGAGGAGGAAUUGCAUUUGACAGAGAAGCUGUUCUGGGGGAUUUUUGACUCUCUUUCUCAUAAGUUCCUAUCUCUCCUGCAGAAGUAUGAGGCUGAGCUCUUCAGAAUGUCCAUGCCAUGUCUCAGUGCAAUAGCUGGUGCUUUGCCUCCUGAUUAUGUUGAUACAAGAAUUAAAGCAACACCUGAGAAGCAGAUGUCAUUAGAUGCUGAAGGAAAUUUUGAUCCAAAGCCCAUCAAUACAGCUAAUCUGACAUUACCUGAAAAGCUGGAAUAUAUCGUCAAUAAGAAUGCCGAGCAUUCACAUGAUAAAUGGGCCUAUGACAAGCUACAUAGUGGUUGGAAGUAUGGAACGUCGCUUGAUGAGAAUGUAAAGACACAUCCUCUACUGAGACCUUUCAAGACACUCUCUGAAAAGGAGAAAGAAAUUUAUCGCUGGCCAGUAAGGGAGUCUGUAAAAACUAUGUUGGCAAUGGGCUGGAGCGUAGAAAGGACUAAAGAAGGAGAAGCUUUAGCACUUCACCGGGAAAAUGAAAAGUUGCGAAGCAUUUCCCAAACUAACCAGGGAAAUGGCUAUAGUCCCACCCCAAUUGAUUUGAGCAAUGUUGUCCUUUCCAGAGAGCUCCAGGGGAUGGUAGAAGUGAUGGCAGAAAACUACCAUAACAUCUGGGCUAAAAAGAAGAAAAUGGAGUUGGAAACUAAAAGUGCAGGAAGUCACCCACUGUUGGUGCCUUAUGACACGUUAACAGCAAAAGAAAAAGCACGGGAUCGUGAGAAAGCUCAAGAACUCUUUAAAUUCUUACAAGUCAAUGGUUAUGCUAUAUCCAGAGGAUUAAAAGAUAUGGAACUAGAUGCAUCUUCUAUGGAAAAAAGAUUUGCUUUUAAGUUUCUGAAGAAAGUCCUACAUUAUGUAGAUUCUGCGCAGGAAUUUAUUGCACAUUUAGAGGCUGUUGUGGGCAGUGGUAAAUCUGAGAAGUCGCCACAUGAACAAGAAAUCAAGUUUUUUGCUAAAGUUCUUCUUCCUCUUGUUGACCAAUAUUUUAAGAAUCACUGCCUAUACUUUCUGUCCUCCCCAAUUAAAACUCUAAGCAGUAGUGGAUAUGCAUCUAACAAAGAGAAAGAGAUGGUAGCAAGUCUGUUCUGCAAACUGGCAGCACUUGUAAGACAUAGGAUAUCACUGUUUGGAAAUGACUCCGCCACGAUGGUGAGCUGUCUGCACAUCCUGGCUCAGACGCUCGACACACGCACCGUGAUGAAGUCUGGUUCUGAGCUGGUAAAAGCGGGCGUUAGAGCUUUCUUUGAAAAUGCUGCUGAAGAUUUAGAAAAGACCUUGGAAAAUUUAAAGCUUGGAAAAUUUACCCAUUCAAGAACCCAAAUGAAGGGUGUCUCUCAGAAUAUUAACUACACCACAGUGGCCCUCCUUCCAAUCUUGACUUCCAUUUUUGAACAUGUGGCUCGGCAUCAGUUUGGUGUUGACUUGCUGUUGGAUGAUGUUCAAGUUUCCUGUUAUAGGAUCCUCUCCAGUCUGUAUUCCCUUGGGACGGGAAAAAAUAUCUACGUUGAAAGGCAGAGACCAGCCUUGGGAGAAUGUUUGGCAGCACUGGCUGGAGCCAUACCUGUAGCUUUCCUUGAACCAUCACUAAACCACAACAACCCUCUCUCGGUUUUUAACACCAAAUCACCCAGAGAGAGAGCCAUUCUAGGUAUGCCAGAUUCCGUGGAAGAGAUGUGUCCAGAAAUGCCUCAUUUGGAAGGUUUGAUGAAAGAAAUCAAUGAUCUGGCUGAGUCUGGAGCCAGGUAUACUGAGAUGCCCCAUGUUAUUGAAGUUGUGCUUCCAAUGUUAUGCAACUAUCUCUCCUACUGGUGGGAGAGGGGAACAGAAAAUGUUCCAGAAAAUGCCAGGCCGUGCUGUACUCAAGUGACUUCAGAACAUCUAAGUGUCAUCUUGGGCAACAUCCUAAAAAUUAUUAACAACAAUCUGGGAAUAGAUGAAGCUUCAUGGAUGAAGAGAAUUGCAGUUUAUGCUCAGCCAAUUAUCAGCAAGGCUCAGCCAGACCUCCUGAAAAGCCAUUUCAUCCCCACGCUGGAGAAACUGAAGAAGAAAGCAAUAAAGAUUGUGCAAGAGGAGGAGCAGCUAAAAGCAGACAGCAAGACUGACACGCAGGAAGCAGAGCUGCUAAUUCUGGAUGAGUUUGCUGUUUUAUGCAGAGAUCUUUAUGCGUUCUACCCAAUGUUGAUCCGAUAUGUAGAUAACAACAGAUCCAACUGGCUCAAAAAACCAGAUGCAGAUUCUGAUGAGCUGUUCAGAAUGGUGGCUGAAGUGUUCAUUCUUUGGUGCAAAUCACAUAACUUUAAGAGAGAAGAACAGAAUUUUGUGAUUCAAAAUGAAAUUAACAAUCUGGCAUUUCUAACUGGAAACAACAAGAGUAAGAUGUCAAAAUCUGGAGGGCAAGACCAGGAGAGGAAGAGAACCAAACGCAGAGGAGACCUUUACUCCAUACAGACUUCCCUGAUUGUAGCUGCCCUGAAGAAGAUGUUACCCAUCGGCCUGAAUAUGUGCACUCCAGGCGACCAGGAACUGAUAUCCCUGGCAAAGAGCAGAUACCUUCUUAAAGAUACGGAUGAUGAAGUUAAAGAACACCUGCGCAGUAACCUUCACUUGCAGGAAAAAUCCGAAGACCCUGCAGUGAAAUGGCAGUUGAAUCUGUACAAGGAUAUUUUGAAAAGUGAGGACACAGAUCCUGAGAAAACGGUGGAACGUGUGCAGAAAAUCUCUGCUGCAGUCUUCCAUCUUGAACAGGUGGAGCAGCCAUUGAGGUCUAAGAAGGCUGUCUGGCACAAGCUCCUGUCGAAACAGAGAAAAAGGGCUGUUGUGGCAUGCUUUCGCAUGGCUCCUUUGUACAAUCUGCCAAGACACAAAAUUAACAAUUUCUUCCUGAGCUCCUACCAACGUAUUUGGCUGGAAAAAGUACAUGAGAACUCAGACUAUGACAGUCUAAUACUCGUGUUAACGAAUCCUAAGAAGAAGGAAGAAGAUGAAGAGGAAGAGACAGAGAAAAAGCCUGAUCCUCUUCACCAGAUUAUUUUACACUUCAGUCGCAAUGCCCUGACUGAGAGGAGCAAGCUUGAGGAUGAUCCCCUGUAUACAGCAUAUGCAGCUAUGAUGGCUAAGAGCUGCCAAAAUGAAGAGGAAGAUGAGGAAAAGGAAAAGACAUUUGAAGAAAAGGAAAUGGAAAAACAAAAAACCUUGUAUCAGCAGGCCCGCCUACAUGAAAGAGGGGCUGCAGAAAUGGUGUUGCAGAUGAUCAGCGCAAGUAAAGGUGAAAUGAGCCCCAUGGUUGUAGAGACACUAAAACUUGGAAUUGCAAUUCUGAAUGGUGGAAAUACUGUUGUGCAACAGAAAAUGUUAGAUUACCUAAAAGAGAAAAAGGAUGCUGGAUUUUUCCAGAGUUUGUCUGGCUUAAUGAUGUCGUGCAGCGUUCUUGACUUGAAUGCAUUUGAAAGACAGAACAAAGCAGAAGGCCUUGGAAUGGUAACAGAAGAAGGAACACUCAUUGUCCGGGAACGAGGUGAAAAGGUUUUACAGAAUGAUGAAUUUACAAGAGAUCUCUUCAGGUUCCUGCAACUUCUGUGUGAAGGACACAACAAUGACUUUCAAAACUUCCUAAGAACGCAAAUGGGUAAUACAACAACAGUGAAUAUUAUAAUUAGCACGGUGGAUUAUCUUCUACGCUUGCAGGAAUCUAUCAGUGACUUCUACUGGUACUACUCAGGGAAAGACGUGAUUGAUGAAUCUGGGCAGCAUAACUUCUCAAAGUCUCUGGCUGUGACCAAACAAAUAUUUAAUUCACUUACAGAAUACAUUCAGGGUCCGUGCAUAGGUAACCAGCAGAGUUUGGCGCACAGCAGGCUGUGGGAUGCAGUGGUCGGUUUCCUCCAUGUUUUUGCAAACAUGCAGAUGAAGCUGUCACAGGAUUCAAGCCAGAUUGAACUCCUUAAACAACUUCUUGAUCUCCUUCAAGACAUGGUGGUGAUGCUGCUUUCCCUUCUAGAAGGCAAUGUUGUAAAUGGGACUAUUGGAAAACAGAUGGUUGACACUCUUGUGGAGUCAUCUAGUAAUGUUGAAAUGAUUCUAAAAUUCUUUGAUAUGUUCCUGAAGUUGAAAGACCUAACCAGUUCUGAUGCAUUUAAGGAAUAUGACCCAGAAGGAAAGGGUAUCAUUUCCAAAAAAGAAUUCCAAAAAGCCAUGGAGGGACAAAAACAAUAUGCACAGUCAGAAAUUGAAUUCCUUCUCUCCUGCGCGGAAGCGGAUGAGAAUGACAUGUUUAACUAUGUAGAGUUUGUAGACCGCUUCCAUGAACCAGCUAAAGACAUUGGUUUCAAUGUGGCUGUUUUGUUAACCAAUCUCUCAGAGCACAUGCCAAAUGACUCUCGGCUCCAGUGUUUGUUAGACCCAGCAAACAGUGUUCUUAACUACUUUUCUCCAUACUUAGGGCGCAUUGAGAUCAUGGGUGGAGCAAAAAGAAUAGAAAGAGUGUAUUUUGAGAUCAGUGAAUCAAGUAGAACACAGUGGGAGAAACCACAAGUCAAGGAGUCUAAAAGACAAUUUAUAUUUGAUGUGGUCAAUGAAGGUGGAGAACAAGAAAAGAUGGAACUAUUUGUUAACUUCUGUGAAGAUACAAUUUUUGAGAUGCAGUUGGCAUCUCAGAUCUCUGAAUCAGAUGCAGUUGACAGACCUGAAGAUGAGGAAGAGGAGGAACCUCACCAUAUGAUUGAAGUUGGUGAAGAGGACGAAGAGGAGCAGUCUCUAGAAUCAUCAUCUGCUUUUAUUGUAGCUUGCACAGCUCUUAGGAAAAAUAUGUCCAAUUUCUUCAAAAUGUUAACCUUAAAAAACAUUAGUAAACAGUUUCGAAAAGUGAAAAAGAUGACUCUCAAAGAAUUAGUCAAAGUCUUCUUUUCUUUCUUUUGGACGCUGUUUGUUGGUUUGUUCCAGUUUGUGUUUACAAUAGUAUGGGGAAUAUUUCAGAUUCUUUGGAGCACAGUGUUUGGAGGUGGCUUAGUUGAAGGGGCCAAAAACAUUAAAGUAACCAAAAUAUUAGGAGACAUGCCUGAUCCCACACAGUUUGGAAUCCACGAUGAUGUCUUGGAAGCUGAAAAAGCUGAUUCACUCGAGCACACCUCACCUGCAGAGCUUGCACAUCUUGGUAAAGGAGACAAGGGAGAUAUGGAUAUGCCUGAUAUUUAUGGCAUGCACACCAAAAAAGAAGGUUCCAAACAUGGUUUAGAAAUUGGCCUUGGGGAUUACUCAGAAAAUGUGAGCUCAGAAAAUGCAACUAGUUUGGAAAGUGCUGUAAACAAGAAGAGAAAAGCUCUUGCAGCGGAAAUUGCUAAAGAAAAUGAGGACAACUCAAAGGCAGAAUCGGAAAAGGCUGACAUGGAAGACGGUGAGAAAAAGGACAAAGCUAAAGCUGAAGAACAGUCUGAAUUAUUGGAAAGUAAAACAGGGCCAAGAAUUAAGAGGAGAAGAGGCCAGAAAAAAGAAGUGCCUGAAGCAUUUAUGGCUAAUUUCCUGGCAGGACUGGAGAUUUACCAGACCAAAAUGCUGAAUUACCUGGCCAGAAAUUUCUACAAUCUCAGAUUCCUCGCUCUCUUUGUGGCAUUUGCCAUUAACUUUAUUCUAUUGUUCUACAAGGUCACAGAGGAGCCAGCAACUGAAGACAACGAUAAUGAUUCCAACAUAUGGAACACUUACACAGAAGAUGAGGAAGAUGCAGAAGAAGGAGCUGUAUAUUUUGUAUUGCAAGAAAACACUGGUUACAUGGCUCCAACAUUGCGCAUCUUGGCUAUUAUUCACACCAUAAUCUCUUUUCUCUGUGUUAUCGGUUAUUAUUGUCUUAAGGUUCCUCUGGUCGUGUUUAAAAGAGAGAAAGAAAUUGCUCGCAAUGUAGAGUUUGAUGGCCUGUAUAUUACAGAACAACCCUCAGAUGACGACAUCAAAGGGCAAUGGGAUCGUCUUGUUAUAAAUACCCCGUCUUUUCCUAAUAAUUACUGGGAUAAAUUUGUUAAAAGAAAGGUUAUCAAUAAAUAUGGAGACUUAUAUGGAGCUGACAGAAUUGCUGAACUCCUGGGACUUGACAAAAAUGCCUUGGACUUUAGCCCUGUGGAAAAGACCAAAAUAGAAGAGGGAUCACUGGUGUCAUGGUUAAGCUCCAUUGACAUGAAGUAUCACAUCUGGAAGCUUGGAGUGGUAUUUACGGACAACUCUUUUCUUUACCUCGCCUGGUACACAACCAUGUCGAUUCUUGGACAUUAUAACAACUUUUUCUUUGCUGCUCAUCUUUUGGACAUUGCAAUGGGCUUUAAGACCCUGAGGACAAUUCUUUCAUCAGUCACGCACAACGGAAAACAACUGGUGUUAACUGUUGGUCUCCUGGCUGUUGUUGUCUAUCUUUACACGGUUGUGGCAUUCAAUUUUUUCCGGAAAUUUUACAACAAGAGUGAGGAUGAAGAUGAUCCUGAUAUGAAGUGUGAUGACAUGAUGACGUGCUAUCUGUUUCAUAUGUAUGUGGGGGUGAGAGCCGGAGGUGGCAUUGGAGAUGAGAUUGAGGACCCUGCUGGUGACCCUUAUGAAAUGUAUCGUAUUGUGUUUGACAUCACCUUCUUCUUCUUUGUUAUCGUCAUUCUCCUUGCCAUUAUUCAAGGUUUGAUCAUUGAUGCCUUUGGGGAACUGAGAGAUCAACAAGAACAAGUCAGAGAAGAUAUGGAGACAAAAUGCUUCAUUUGUGGGAUUGGAAAUGAUUACUUUGAUACAACGCCGCAUGGCUUUGAAACACACACGUUACAAGAACACAACCUGGCUAACUAUCUGUUUUUCCUCAUGUAUAUCAUUAAUAAGGAUGAGACGGAACAUACUGGCCAGGAAUCUUAUGUCUGGAAGAUGUAUCAAGAGAGGUGUUGGGACUUCUUCCCAGCUGGUGACUGCUUCCGCAAGCAAUAUGAAGACCUGCUUGGAUAAUAAUUUGGCAUUAACCCAUCAGCCAGAUCCACUGGGCAUGUACUGAACUUGAAACAAAAUUCACCCAGUGAAACACAUUUACUAGAAGACCAGCUCUGCCUAACCGCGACCUCAAUCUACUCAUUUGGAUACAUAUCAUUUCCUUUACAUCAAUGACUCCUAUGACAAAAACAGAUCUAAAGAAAAUGUGCAAUGAAAUACAAGAUUUUUAGAACAAAAAGUACUAAUAAAACACCACCACAGUACAUCAAUAAACUGAUGAUCUGUCAUGCUCAAUUAGA